GGUGUGUAAGUAUUACGUAAGCAUCAGAGGAUGAAAACCUGCAUCUAUUGAGAGAGAGUGAGAGACAGGUCAAAAGUGAGAGUGAGAGAGACAGAGACAGAUUAACAGGAUCAGGCCUCACAGUCUCACAGGCAGUGUGACAGAAGAGCAGCUGUGACUGUGUACAUGAUUGUGUAUACGCCUGAGUGCAUGUCACAACACUGCCAAUACUCCCCCGUUCUCUGGAUCUGCUCAUUGUGCCACAGGACUGCGGCAGAACUUUCUGGCCCAACCGAUUGUUUACAUCUGACACCUACUCUGAUUUUGGGCUGAAUCUGGACCUGGCUGGACAAGAUGCUCCUGCAUUUGGGAGGGUCCAGGGGGAAGAUGGGCAUUCUGCUCAUCAGAAGAGUGGGUUUGUUUUGUCGUUCUGCCCACUUGUCUCCCCAAAGCCUGGAGUAUCGACCAAUCAAAAAGGUCAUGGUGGCAAACAGAGGUGAAAUAGCUAUCCGUGUGUUUCGGGCAUGCACAGAGCUCGGUAUCCGGACGGUAGCUGUAUAUUCAGAGCAGGACACGGGCCAGAUGCAUAGGCAGAAGGCAGAUGAGGCUUACCUCAUCGGCAGAGGCCUGUCCCCCGUUGCAGCCUAUCUCCAUAUCCCUGACAUAAUCAAAGUGGCUAAGGAAAAUAAUGUGGAUGCGAUCCACCCUGGUUAUGGCUUUUUAUCAGAGCGCGCAGACUUUGCCCAAGCCUGUGCUGAAGCCGGGGUGAGAUUCAUUGGACCUUCCCCAGAGGUUGUGCGCAAGAUGGGGGAUAAAGUGGAAGCCCGUGCCCUGGCCAUUCAAGCAGGUGUUCCAGUUGUUCCUGGAACAGAUGCUCCCAUCUCAUCUCUUCAAGAGGCUCAGGAGUUUGCCAAAACUUAUGACUUUCCCAUCAUCUUUAAAGCUGCAUAUGGAGGAGGAGGCCGUGGGAUGAGGGUGGUCAGAGAUUAUGAGGAGCUAGAGGAGAACUAUCAGAGAGCGUAUUCAGAGGCUCUGGCGGCAUUCGGUAAUGGUGCUCUGUUUGUUGAGAAGUUCAUCGAGAAACCACGACACAUUGAAGUACAAAUUCUUGGUGAUAAAUAUGGAAACGUAAUUCAUCUGUAUGAGAGGGAUUGCUCUAUCCAAAGGAGACAUCAGAAGGUGGUAGAGAUCGCUCCUGCUGCCCAGCUCGACUCUCACCUGAGAGACAGAUUGACCUCAGAUGCAGUCAACCUGGCCAAACAGGUGGGCUAUGAGAAUGCAGGCACAGUGGAGUUCCUGGUGGACAAACAUGGAAAGCACUACUUCAUCGAGGUCAACUCCCGCCUACAGGUGGAACAUACGGUUACUGAAGAGAUCACUGAUGUGGAUUUGGUUCACGCACAGCUGCGAGUGUGUGAGGGCCGCAGUCUUCCUGAGUUGGGUCUCGAACAGGACAAGAUCCAGAUCAAUGGCUGUGCCAUUCAGUGCCGGGUCACUACAGAAGACCCCUCCCGUGGUUUUCAACCAGACACAGGUCGCAUAGAGGUGUUUCGCAGUGGAGAGGGUAUGGGUAUUCGUCUGGACAGUGCGUCUGCAUUUCAGGGGGCCAUCAUCUCCCCUCACUAUGACUCACUGCUGGUUAAAGUUAUAGCCAGUGGCAAAGACCUCCCCACCGCUGCAACCAAAAUGCACAGAGCACUAACCGAGUUCAGAGUUCGUGGUGUUAAGACUAAUAUCCCCUUCCUGCAGAAUGUAUUGAGCAAUAGCCAGUUCCUGUAUUCCACAGUUGACACCCAGUUUAUUGAUGAGAACCAGGAACUUUUCAACCUCAAACCUACACAGAACAGAGCCCAGAAACUCCUGCAUUAUCUGGGUCACAUCAUGGUAAAUGGACCAAUGACUCCUAUUCCAGUUAAAGCCAAAUCCUCAUCUGUUGAUCCAGUCGUUCCUUUUGUUUCUCUGGGUGAGCCGCCCAUGGGCUUCCGUGAAGUCCUGUUGAAAGAAGGUCCUGAGGGUUUUGCACGGGCAAUUCGACAGCACCAGGGUCUUCUACUGAUGGACACCACUUUCAGAGACGCCCACCAGUCCCUUCUGGCAACUCGCGUCAGGACACAUGACCUCAAGAAGAUUGCUCCCUUUGUGAGCCACAACUUCAAUAAUCUCUUCAGCCUGGAGAACUGGGGAGGAGCAACAUUUGAUGUAGCGAUGCGUUUUCUCUGGGAGUGUCCGUGGAAGAGACUGCAGGAGCUGAGAGCUCUGAUUCCCAACGUCCCAUUUCAGAUGCUACUACGUGGAGCCAAUGCUGUGGGAUACACAAACUACCCUGAUAAUGCUGUGUUCAAAUUCUGUGAGGUAGCCAAAGAGAAUGGAAUGGAUAUCUUCCGUGUUUUUGACUCCUUGAAUUAUAUUCCCAACAUGCUUUUGGGGAUGGAAGCAGCAGGGACAGCGGGAGGUGUGGUGGAGGCAGCCAUUUCAUACACUGGAGAUGUGUCUGACCCCAUGAGACAGAAAUACUCACUGGAGUACUAUCUGAAGCUGGCCGAUGAGCUAGUUAAGGCUGGAACACACAUACUGGCUAUUAAGGAUAUGGCUGGCCUGCUAAAGCCAGAAGCCAGCCGUAUACUGAUCGGUGCAUUGCGGGACCGUUUCCCAGACAUCCCUAUCCACGUUCACACUCAUGAUACGGCAGGUGCAGGAGUCGCGGCGAUGUUAGCCUGUGCACAAUCAGGAGCAGAUAUAGUUGAUGUAGCAGUGGACUCAAUGGCAGGCAUGACCUCUCAACCGAGCAUGGGUGCCAUUGUAGCCUGCACCAGAGGAACCAAACUUGAUACUGGUGUUUCUCUGGACAGAGUGUUUGACUACAGCGAGUACUGGGAAGUGGCUCGUGGUCUGUACGCUCCCUUCGACUGCACUGCCACAAUGAAGUCUGGUAAUGCAGAUGUUUAUGAAAAUGAGAUCCCAGGGGGCCAGUACACCAACCUUCACUUCCAGGCCCACAGCAUGGGCCUCGGUAACAAGUUCAAAGAGGUGAAGAAAGCCUACGCUGAAGCCAACAAGCUGCUGGGAGACCUUAUCAAAGUGACCCCCUCUUCUAAGAUUGUGGGUGAUCUGGCUCAGUUUAUGGUGCAGAACUCUCUCUCUCGGGCUGAGGUAGAAGACAGAGCAGACGAGCUCUCCUUCCCUCUGUCUGUUGUGGAGUUCCUACAAGGACACAUUGGAAUACCACAUGGAGGAUUCCCUGAGCCCUUCAGGUCAAAGGUGCUCAAGUCAUUGCCUAGAAUUGAAGGUCGUCCGGGGGCUUCACUUCCACCGAUGGACUUUGAGGCUCUUGAGUCUGGUCUACGAACGGCACACGGCGAUGAAAUCACCCCUGAAGAUGUGAUGUCAGCAGCCAUGUACCCCAAAGUCUUCCAGGAGUUUAAAGAGUUCACAUCAAACUUCGGUCCGGUGGACUGCCUUAACACUCGCCUGUUUCUGGACGGCCCCAAAAUCGCAGAGGAGUUUCAGGUUGAGUUAGAAAGAGGGAAAACGUUGCACAUCAAAGCCUUGGCCUUGGGUGACUUGAACAAGUCUGGUCAGAGAGAAGUGUUUUUUGAACUCAACGGCCAGCUGCGUUCAGUUUUGGUCAAGGAUACGGCAGCAAUGAAGGAGAUGCACUUUCACCCUAAAGCCUUGAAAGAUGUGCGGGGACAGGUUGGAGCUCCCAUGCCCGGUAAAGUGGUGGAAGUAAAGGUGAAGCCAGGCCAGAAGGUGGAGAAAGGUCAGCCCCUCUGCGUCCUCAGCGCCAUGAAGAUGGAGACCGUCGUCAACUCGCCAAUCUCAGGCAUCAUAUCCAAGGUGCACGUCAAUGCCGACAGCAGCCUGGAAGGGGAUGAUCUCAUCCUGGAAAUAACUGAAUGAAAUUUUAAAGUUACAGAGGUUAAAGGUUGCUUUUCUAGAAUUCAUCUGAUGGUGUUGUAAUUGCUGAUGAUUUUGAGAUUUCUAACAUGGUGUAAAACUCUUCUAUGGAAGCUUGUUUCUGCCACUGAAUAAAAAGGAAAAAAAGGUAUCUGCAACUUUUUAUCUCACAAUUUUGACUUUUUUUUUUCUCACAAUGGCGAGUUUACAUCUAGCAAUUCUGACUUUUUAUCUUAUCUUAUCAAUUGCCAGUCAUAAAUUUCUGUUGAUAAAAAGUCGCAGUUCUGACUUUUUUUCUCAGAAUUGCUUUACAUCUUAGAAAAGAAGUCAGAUUUGUGUGAUACAAAGUCGCAGUUCGGGCUUUUUUUCUCAGAAUUGCUUUAUAUCUAUGAGAUAUAAAAGUCAGAAUUGCAAGAAAGUCAGAAUUGCGAGUUUAUAUCCCACAAUUGUGAGUUUAUAACGCGCAUUUCUGAAAUUAUAACUCACUGUUGUAAAUUUAUUUCUCACAAUUGUUUAUAUUUCACAAUUCUGAGAAAAGAAGUCCGAAUUCUGAGAUAAAAAAUUGCAAUUACCUUUUUAUUUUUUAUUUAGUGGCAAAAACAAGCUGCCAUACUCUUCUGAGCUUUCAAAAUCAGAUUUUUUUUUUUUUUUUUUUUUCUGUUAUUUGAUUCAAAAUAGAAGCAUAUAGGUGAAGCAUUUAUAGCCUGUAACCAGAAACCACAGAAGCCUUUGUGAUUCACUUUUUGGUAUACAGUUAUCGCUCUGUUAAUACACUGAGGCCAGUGAAUCCAGUGAAUCUACUUACAGCCUGAGGAAGGGAGGACACAUGACACCUACAUUACAGACAGAUCAUUCCGGCUUUAUUAUUGUUUUUAAAGUGAAUUAAUAACAUAUUAAAAUGAGCAAGAUUCAUUACAAAUCCAGAUGGCAAUAUCUGAAUUUAUAUGCUUGUUUGUGUAUGUGUGAGAAAGAGAGAGAGAGAGAGAAACACUGCAAGUUUGAAGAGGAACAGCAAUUUCAUAUUAAUGUCAUGUUAGUGGAGCGUAAAAUCUAUUUAAAAAUGUCUGAAAUAUUAAUACCAGCAUAUAUUCUAGUAGAUGCACACUAAGCAGUGUCGUCAUGAUAACAUCAUUCUGCAGAUCUUGCCAAAAGCAAUAAAGUUGAGUAAUUAUGAAGAUAUUCAGAUGUAUAUAAUAGACAACAAUAAUUAAAGAUUCAAAACCAGCCAUUCUUUUGGACAAGCUCAUAAUAAGAAAUCUGAGUGUAGCUAAUGUACUGUGGUAAGUGUGUAAUUAUAAUGCUUCUGAAAGUUACUGCACAACAAAUUCCUUCUUUCGUUCUCCUCUCCUCCUCUUUUUAAUCACUCUAUCACCUUUGCACCAAGGGAGCGCUCAGGUUUGAGCUUCCACUGUAAGUGAACAGCAAGUCAUUACACAAGCAAUAAUGAAGUAAACAAAUGCAAAACAUGUGUCUGUGGGGCAGCGGAGAGAAGCUUCAUUUUACAAAUACUCCUUCAAAAUGUUUUGUAAAUGUAAUUGUGUAAUAUGUUUACAUAAAUCCCACUUAAAAGCUCAAACAAUGUGCUUUUCUCAUUCAGCAGAUUGCUUUUUAAAACAUUCCCUAUUUGAAUGCUGUAGAAAAACAGACCGUAAUUAUGGGUAAUCGUUGGUGUGCCAUUAAUAAUGGAAAAGCCUUCAGUCUGUGUUAUUAACGAUGUGCUGCACAAGAUAGUUCAUACUUGACCUUGAAAUAAGCCUUGAUUAUAGUUUCAUAUAGAAAUCUCACUGUGACGGUGGAUACAUACUGAAAUUGGGAGUCACAAAAGAAAAUCUGGAUUUUCUUUACCAAUAUAUGGUCCCGAUACAAAUGGUCCGACUGAUUGAAAUGUUGAUGCAGUCUGAAGAGAUCAGAGGGUGAGGGUGAUUGUUUAUUGAGCUCUUGGAUGCGUUCAGUUGUUCUGAUUGAAUCUGGCUUGCUUAUCAACGGCUUAGUGCAGAGAAAUAGAGCCGUCUUCCACUGUGCCACAAUUUCACAAUGGCUUUUCAAGAAAUCAUAUGAAUUGCACAUGGUUUUCACACAUCUUAAAUUAUUAGCUUUUGUGUGCUAGAGGUGAAAUGUGUGAAUGAGCCUGUGCAAACAGCGUUCAUAUAUGACGCAUGUUUUUGUGUGUAUGCAUAUGAAAGCCAGAGAUGUAUACCCACGCGUUACCCACGUGUUACCAGGGAUACCAAAAGAUACAUGAAACAGAAAAAUCAACUACUGUUCAUUAAAGCUGCUCAAUUAAACACAAAAACUGCAUUUUUUAAUGCCGCUGUUUGGCGGAUUCUGCCAUGUUCUGAUGUUUACAAGGGAAAUGCUCAACCAGUAAAAACCUGUAAGGUUCUUUAUGGAACCAACAACUUGUGGGUUUUGAUGUGUUUCUAUUGAAUUAACAGGACUACACUUACUACUUAUACAAAGAGAACCUCAUAAUUAUCUUUUAUCAUCAUUACAGCUAUUGACUUUUCUUUGUAUUCUUUUGGGAUAAUUACUGGUAAAUGUGUAAUUCAUAGUAAACUCAAAUUCUGUAUGUGGGUGGAGAACUGAGGACAUUAGCGAUUCAGUCCUUGUCUUUCAGUUGAGGAUUUCUCUAUUGAAGCUGAUGAAUUAAAGCUCCAUACACUUUAGUUUAAUCAUUUAAAUUGUUAUAAAAGGGAAUGUUUUAUCUGAACUAUGUAUGUUGAAUGCCAUUCCCUUUAAAUCAGUGGUCUCAAACUGCCGGCCCGCGGGCCAUUUACGCUAGUUGUCUCAUACCAUAUUCCAUAUUCAAAAGAAUGACAUGAUUCUAUAAAAAAGGGGGGGGGAAGCGCACAGACAUAUUUGAUGAGAGCUGGUUUGGGGCUUUCGUAGUUUACUUCUUGUUUGGCUGCAAAGUGCGAAUGAAACUUUUUUUUUUCCAAACCGAAAAGAAAGUGGAUGAGAAACAGACAGUUUCAAGAAAGAUGGACAUUGCA